GGGGCGCCCCGGCAGGGCGGGGGCCGGAGCCAGGCUGGGCCGGGGCCGGAAUGCCCCUGUUCUUCUCUGCGCUGUUGGCCUUGCUGUUGGUUACGCUUAGCGCCCUCUUCUUAGGCCGGUGGCUUGUGGUCCGGUUGGCCACCAAGUGGUGUCAGCGGAAGCUGCAGGCAGAACUAAAGAUUGGCUCCUUUUUUUGGAUUCAAAAUGUCAGUCUUAAGUUUCAGCAGCACCAGCAAACAGUGGAAAUUGAUAGCCUGUGGAUUUCCAGCAAACUCCUUAGCCAUGAUCUGCCACACUAUGUGGCCUUGUGCUUCGGCGAAGUACGUAUCAGAACAGACCUACAGAAGGUUUCUGGCCUGUUUGCCCCAUUCUCCCAGAGUACUGGGGUGCACCAAAAGGAGCUGUCCUUCAGCCCAUCCUUAUUGAAGAUCUUCUGCCAGCUGUUCUCCAUUCAUGUAGAUUCUAUAAACAUCAUGGUUCUCAAGGUGGCUACUUCUGAAUCCUUGUGGCAUAUUCAGAUCAGAGAUAGCAGUUUUCUUUUGGAUAGUGAUGGGAAGAGGCUGAAAUGUGAGGUGAGCCUAAGUCAGAUCAACAGCAAAGUUCUAAAGAGUGGCCAGUUGGAGAACACCUGUCUAGCGGAGCUCUCACUUACCCUAAAGCUGUGUCUAGAGGUGGGCAUCAGAAGCCGGCAGCUGAAGGCGAUCACUGUGGAUGUGUGGACACUCCAUGCUGAACUGCAUGAGGGCCUCUUCCAUAGUCAGCUGCUGCGCCAGGGCCCAGGCCUGGCAUCCAAGCCUGUUCCCUGUUCAGAGGUGAUAGAGAACUUGGCUGAGCCAACUCUGCCUGGCCUGUACCUCCUUCAGCAGCUGCCAGACCAAAUCAAGGUGAAGAUGGAGAUCACAAGUGUGGUGCUGUCCAUGAAUAGUCAAAAGAGGCACCUCAAUUGGACACUGAAGCUGCUGCAUUUCCUGUACCACCGUGAUGAGGAUCAGCUGCCCCUUCGAAGCUUCACAGCAAACUCUGAUAUGGCACAGAUGAGCACUGAACUCCUUCUGAAAGAUGGGUUGUUGCUGUCCCAGAGCCGCCAGCGCAUUGUCUGCCUCAACUCCCUCAAAGCUAGUGUGCAGGUGACCACCAUUGACCUCGCAGCCUCCCUGGUUCUGAACACUUGUAUUAUUCAUUACCGGCAUCUGGAAUUCUCUCACUGGCUGCACAUGCUAGCCCUGGAGACCCAAGAGUCUAGUUCAUCUGUUAUUAAGCAAACGAAAAAAAGAACCUUCCCUCAAAUCCUGGCUCCUAUCAUCUUUAGCACCUCCAUCUCCAAUGUCAACGUUUCCAUUCAGCUUGGAGAUACACCACCCUUUGCCUUGGGAUUCAAUUCCAUCUCUCUGGAUUACCAACACCUGAGACCACAAAGUAUCCAUCAGCGGGGUGUCCUGACUGUGGACCACCUCUGCUGGCGGGUGGGCAGUGACUCCCACAUUCAGCGGGCACCCCACCCACCCAAUAUGCAUGUUUGGGGUGAGGCGCUUGUCCUGGACUCCUUCACACUACAGGGUAGCUAUAACCAGCCUCUGGGCCUGUCCAGCACUCAGUCAGACACCCUGUUUCUUGAUUGUACCAUCCGAGGACUGCAGGUAGAAGUAUCAGAUACCUGUGCUCAGUGUCUUUCUCGGAUAUUGUCCUUGAUGGGCCCACAAUCUGGGAAGUCAGCUGUCUCUAGGGAAUCUUCAUUUGGGGAAUCUGUGUCGUUACUGUGGAAGGUGGACUUGAAGGUGGAGGACAUGAACUUGUUCACCCUUUCUGCCCUGGUCGGUGCUUCAGAGAUCCGACUGGACACACUGACCGUCCUGGGAAGUGCUGAAACCUCCACCUUGGGUGUUCAAGGACUUGUGCUUGCGUUGGUAAAGUCGGUCACAGAGAAGAUGCAACCCUGUUGUAAGGCUCCUGACAUCCCCACUCCAGUGCUCAGCCUCUCCAUGCUCUCCAUCACCUAUCACAGCAGCAUCCGCUCUCUAGAGGUUCAGUGUGGUGCAGGGCUGACCUUACUCUGGAGCCCUCCAGGUCACAUGUACCUGUACCAGCAUAUCCUGGCCACCCUGCAGUGCCGAGACCUACUAAGAGCCACUCUGUUUCCUGAGACUGUUCCACUUGUUGCACUAGAGACUCCAGAGACUGCCUGUGAGCCAGAAGGCUGUCCCCCUGAGCCCUCUCCCCCAAAGCGGCUGCUAAACCUGACUCUAGAGGUGAGCACAGCUAAGCUGACAGCUUUUGUAGCUGAGGACAGGUUCAUUACCCUGGCUGCAGAGAGUGUGUCUCUGAGCCGGCACGGGGGUUCACUGCAGGUUUACUGCCCAGAGCUGGCUGCUGGGUUCGAUGGCAAUAGCAUCUUCAACUUCAAGGAGGUGGAGGUGCAGCUGCUGCCUGAGCUGGAGGAGAUGAUCCUCCACCGGAACCCCUUCCCUGUGCUGCAGACCCUCCGGAACCGUGUUUGGCUCCUCUCCCUGGGUUCAGUCUCAGUGGAGUUUCCUUACCAGUAUGAUUUUUCUCGAACUCUGGAUGAGGCUGUGGGAGUUCAGAAAUGGCUGAAGGGACUGCAUGGAGGAACUCGUUCUCAGGCUUCUCCAAGCUCUGCCCACCUCCCACCUGAUCUACUCUUGAAGGUUCAGCACUUCUCAUGGGUUUUCCUGGAUGAUAUUUUUGAGGUGAAACUUCGUGAUAACUAUGAACUGAUGAAGGAUGAAAGUAAGGAGAGUGCCAAAAGGCUGCAGUUGCUGGAUGCCAAAGUGGCUGCUCUUCGGAAGCAGCAUGGGGAGUUAUUGCCUGCCCGCAAAAUUGAGGAGCUCUAUGCCUCUUUGGAACAUAAAAACAUCGAAAUCUACAUCCAGCGCUCCCGUCGUCUCUAUGGCAACACACCCAUGCGCCGGGCACUGCUCACUUGGAGCCUGGCAGGGCUAGAGCUGGUGGCUCUGGCAGAUGCCUCCUUCCACGGGCCUGAGCGUGUGGUAGAGCAGGUUCGAGAGCUUGAUCCAGGCAGCCCUUUUCCUGCGGAGGGGGUAGAUCUUGUCAUCCAGUGGUGUCGUAUGCUCAAGUGCAGUGUCAAGACAUUUCUGGUUCGGAUAAGAGACUAUCCCCGGUACUUGUUUGAGAUCCGUGACUGGCGGCUGAUGGGUCGACUUGUGGGCACCGAGCAGAGCGGUCAGCCUUGCUCGCGUCGGCGUCAAAUCCUGCACUUGGGGCUUCCAUGGGGUAACGUGGCAGUGGAGAGGAACAUGCCCCCACUCAAAUUCUAUCACGACUUUCACUCGGAAAUCUUCCAGUACACAGUGGUAUGGGGCCCGUGUUGGGAUCCAGCCUGGACACUGAUUGGCCAGUCUGUGGACCUCUUGACCAAGCCCUCAGCUGACCCCAGCCCACCCUUGCCCUGGUGGGACAAGAGCCGUCUUCUGUUCCAUGGGGACUGGCACAUGGACAUUGAACAGGCAAACCUGCACCAGCUGGCUACUGAGGAUCCAUACAACACAACUGAAAAUAUGCACUGGGAGUGGAACCAGCUGUCUUUUCAUUGGAAACCUGGUCAGUUUGUGUUCAAGGGUGACUUGGAUGUCAACGUGAGAACAGCCUCUAAGUAUGAUGACUGCUGCUUCCUUCACCUGCCUGACCUCUGCAUGACACUGGACCUGCAGUGGCUAUGUCAUGGGAACCCCCAUGAUCACCAUGGUGUCACUCUACGGGCCCCAGAGUUCCUGCCUGAGGUGCCCUUGGGCCAGCUUCAUGACUCCUACCGGGCCUUUCGCUCUGAGAACCUCAAUCUCUCCAUCAAGAUGGAUCUGACUCGGCACAGUGGAACAAUAUCCCAGCCCCGAAUUCUGCUGUAUAGUAGCACCCUGCGCUGGAUGCAGAACUUCUGGGCAACUUGGACUAGUGUCACAAGGCCUAUUUGUAGGGGAAAGCUCUUCAAUAACCUGAAACCCAGCAAGAAGAAACUUGGCCAGCACUACAAGCAGCUUUCCUAUACUGCACUCUUUCCCCAGCUGCAGGUGCAUUAUUGGGCCUCAUUCGCCCAGCAACGUGGCAUCCAAAUUGAGUGCAGUCAGGGCCACGUCUUCACUCGGGGAACUCAGCGGCUUAUACCUCAAGCGGGCACAGUGAUGCGGCGCCUCAUCUCUGACUGGAGUGUGACCCAGAUGGUUAGUGACUUAAGUCAGGUGACUGUUUACCUGAUGGCCUCGCCCACUGAAGAGAAUGCUGACCACUGCCUUGAUCCCUUGGUAACAAAGACCCACCUACUGAGCCUGUCCUCCCUUACCUACCAACGGCACAGCAAUCGCACAGCUGAGGAGGAGCUCUCUACUCGAGUUGGGGAUCCUGCUUUUCACACACAUCAGCUGCACUUGGUAGAUUUACGGGCUUCUUGGACAACCACCAAUCGGGACAUUGCCUUUGGUUUAUAUGAUGGCUACAAAAAGGCAGCUGUACUCAAACGUAAUCUCUCUACUGAGGCUCUGAAGGGGUUAAAGAUUGAUCCCCAGAUGCCAGCCAAAAAGCCAAAGCAGAGUGUUCCAACCAGCGCCCCAGCCCCACCUCCUGUCAACACUCCCAGCUUUAGUGGACAGCCUGAUAAGGCGUCUUCAGGAGGUGCCUACAUGUUGCAGAAGCUGAUUGAAGAGACAGAUAGGUUUGUAGUGUUCACAGAAGAGGAGUCAGGUGUGAGUGACCAGUUGUGUGGCAUUGCUGCCUGCCAGACGGAUGACAUAUAUAACCGAAACUGCCUUAUUGAACUGGUCAACUGCCAGAUGGUUCUUCGUGGAGCGGAGACAGAAGGCUGUGUCAUUGUGUCAGCUGCCAAAGCCCAGCUGCUGCAGUGCCAACACCAUCCAGCCUGGUAUGGUGACACAUUGAAGCAAAAGACAUCCUGGACUUGCCUACUGGAUGGCAUGCAGUACUUUGCCACCACUGAAAGCAGCCCCACUGAGCAGGAUGGCCGACAGCUCUGGUUAGAGGUAAAGAAUAUUGAGGAGCACCGGCAGCGUAGUCUGGACUCUGUGCAGGAGCUGAUGGAGAGCGGGCAGGCAGUGGGAGGCAUGGUUACCACUACCACAGAUUGGAACCAGCCAGCUGAGGCGCAACAAGCCCAGCAAGUCCAGCGGAUCAUUUCACGCUGCAGCUGCCGAAUGUACUAUAUUAGUUACAGCCAUGACAUUGAUCCUGAGCUGGCAACUCAGAUUAAGCCACCUGAGGUUCAUGAGAACCAGGAAAAGGAAGAUCUCCUAAAGAAGCAGGAAGGGGCUGUGGAUACCUUCACCCUCAUCCACCAUGAGCUGGAAAUCUCCACAAACCCGGCUCAGUAUGCCAUGAUCCUGGAUAUCGUCAACAACCUGCUGCUCCAUGUAGAACCCAAGCGGAAGGAGCAUAGUGAAAAGAAGCAGCGGGUCAGGUUCCAGCUUGAGAUCUCUAGCAAUCCUGAGGAGCAGCGCAGCAGCAUAUUACACCUACAGGAGGCUGUGCGGCAGCAUGUGGCCCAGAUACGGCAGCUGGAGAAGCAGAUGUAUUCUAUCAUGAAGUCUUUGCAGGAUGACAGCAAGAAUGAGAACCUGCUUGACCUGAACCAGAAGCUUCAGUUGCAGCUAAACCAGGAGAAGGCCAAUCUACAGCUGGAAAGUGAAGAGCUUAACAUCCUCAUCAGGUGUUUUAAGGAUUUCCAAUUGCAGCAGGCCAACAAGAUGGAGCUGCGAAAGCAGCAAGAAGAUGUGAGUGUGGUCCGCCGCACCGAGUUCUACUUUGCUCAGGCACGAUGGCGCUUGACAGAGGAAGAUGGACAGCUGGGAAUUGCUGAACUGGAGCUGCAGCGGUUCCUCUACAGCAAGGUGAAUAAAUCUGAUGACACAGCAGAACAUCUUCUGGAGUUGGGCUGGUUCACUAUGAACAACCUCCUCCCCAAUGCUGUCUAUAAGGUAGUCCUGCGGCCCCAGAGCUCCUGCCAGUCUGGGCGACAGCUAGCUCUUCGCCUCUUCAGCAAAGUCCGGCCCCCCGUUGGGGGUAUUUCUGUUAAGGAGCACUUUGAGGUAAAUGUGGUGCCUCUCACCAUCCAGCUGACACACCAGUUCUUUCAUAGAAUAAUGGGCUUUUUCUUUCCUGGACGAAGUGUGGAAGAUGACGAGGUUGGUGAUGAAGAAGAUAAGUCCAAACUGGUGACUACUGGAAUACCAGUGGUGAAGCCUCGGCAACUGAUUGCAACAGAUGACGCAGCACCACUGGGCCCUGGGAAGGGUGUGGCACAGGGCUUGAAUCGGAGUUCUGGGGUCAGAAGGUCAUUUCGCAAAGCACCUGAGCACCCUGUGGAUGAUAUUGACAAGAUGAAAGAGCGAGCUGCCAUGAACAACUCCUUCAUCUACAUAAAGAUCCCACAGGUUCCACUGUGCGUCAGCUACAAGGGUGAGAAGAACAGUGUGGACUGGGGCGACCUUAACCUGGUGCUGCCCUGUCUGGAGUACCACAACAACACAUGGACGUGGCUAGACUUUGCCAUGGCUGUCAAGAGGGACAGCCGCAAAGCCCUGGUUGCCCAGGUAAUUAAAGAGAAGCUAAGGCUGAAGCCUGCAGCAGGGUCUGAAGUCCGGGGAAAGCUGGAAACUAAAUCGGACCUCAACGUGCAGCAGCAGGAAGAGGAGGAGAAAGCCCGGCUCCUCAUCGGUUUAAGUGUGGGCAACAAGAAUCCUGGGAAGAAGUCCAUCUUUGGCAGGCGCAAGUGAUCCGGCAAUUCAAGAGAGGCUGCAGUACAGGAUCUGACUCUGGCUCAGGCCACAGGGACUUGUGGGGUGGGAGGUGCUUCCCUUCAUCCAUUAGGAUUUGUGGGGGUCAGGAGCCCACAGGGUACUGUGGAUAGAGGCGCUGCUCUUUAGCAGCUGGCCUGUUCCUUGCAGAACAUGGUGGAUAAUAAUUCUGAGUUCUACCUCACACUGAUCAGCAGGCCCAGGGCCAGAGAGGCAUCAAGAGAGCAAGGCCCAGGGAAUGGCCCCACGGCUAGUAUCUGGUUCCCUUGGGUUCAACUGAAAGGGUGGGGGGACAGCUCUGAUCAAGUGUGAUAAAUUUUUAUAAAUAGACAUAUAUAAAAAAUAUAUAUAUAUUUGUAAGUGUAACUGCUCUCCCUCUGUGCCAGAAAGUGGAGGGGAGGGGCUGAUCUUCUGUUCCUCAUUCCACUGCCUUGUAUGAAAGAGGUAUUAGUGCUGUGGGGGGAAUCAGCCCCUCCCCAAUCUGUGCCAAGCUCACUUGGGAGAAUGGCAGUAGGAGACACAGCUGGCUAUGGGUCCCUCUCCCUGGGGUAUCCCCUGAAAAAUGGUAAAAAAAAAAAAAAAAAAAAAAAUCAUUUAAAGAGAAAAAAUAUAUUUUAAAUUUGAUGCUGGUUUUUUUUUUUUUAACUGUAUUGAGUGCAUGGUUUCAGCCUGUAUCCUUUUCUCCCCAUCAGUCCAAGACACCUAGCUGCCACCCUAAUGAGGGUGGCUUCUUCUCUCCUGCCUGAAGCUGUGUCACAGAUACUUCGCAGCUCUGACGUGACAUUGGUCCCAGGCUGAUAGGUCUCUGCACAUUUUAGUCCUGGCUAUAAGCCAUUCUUAACCAGGGGUGAUAGCAUUUGGGGAUAAGGGUGAGGUUUGGCUGCAUCAUUUGCAUCUCUAGUCAUGAACAACAAGGGAAAGAGGCGGGGCUCAUGUGUAAUGCAGCACCAGGGGAGGAACUGCUUAUGUAACUGGGACAGCAGAUUUAGCGGGAGAGAGGAGGCGCAGAGGCUUGGGCAUGGGAGCAGUGAGUUGUCGGAAGGGGCAACAUGCCCAGAUGGCUGCUCCUCAUAAGAUUUUAGGCCUUGUGGCUAAAGGCUCCUUUGGAACUGUCCUCAAGGUGCUAGACUGUGGCCAGAAAGCAGUAUUUGUGGUGAAGGUGGUGCCCAAGGUAAAGGUCCUACAGAGGGACAACCUGAGGCAGUGCAAAGAGGAGGUCAGCAUCCAGGUAUGCACAGAGCCCUGGAAAGGAUCCUAGGAAGAACCAAACCACAGGCGGAGAAAGCACCUUUCUUGUCCAACUGUCCUGCUUUUCCUGACUCUGACCCCUCCCUCUGCUUCAACCAAGAGAUCCCAGGAAAAGUAGCUAUCAGUAGAGUAAUUCUAGGUACUGCCAGGGAAAUCUCUCCAGCAUGUCCAGUGUGUUCCUUAGUACUGGGAUUACCAGGCAGGCAACCUGUACUGAGAGGUGGGGCAACAGCGUCCUUUCUGCACAACAAGGUAAAUCCUGACUUCUUGCCUGCCUUGAUCCUCAAUGACCCUGAUCCUAACUUCCUGUUUUCUUGUCCAUAGCGACAGAUCAACCAUCCUUUUGUACACAGUUUGGGGGACAGCUGGCAGGGAAAACGGCACCUCUUCAUGAGUGAGUGACUGGAUUCUCUCCUCAUUCCCAGGGGUCCUUCUACCAUACUCCCCACCUGAGAUUACCCAUCCCUUUGGCUUGUUCUGCCUUUGCUCUGUUCCCCUUUUCAUAG